GACUCUUGCAUAUAGUCUUAGAGCUACACGCCUAUACUGUAGGGAUGAUUUUCGAGAACUAAACAUGCAACUUACUGAUAUCGAAAUUGGAAGAGCGACUUUGAUUACAAAGGUUUAAAAUUUCCAAAUUUAAUAAAUGUUUGAGGAAAAUUAAAUAUGUCAAAGUGAAUACCUGCUUUAAUAACUUUUUACUUUUGUUGUAAAAUUAAUUUGCUUGCUUCAAAAAGCAAAUAUAAGCGCAAAACAAUAUUAACUCAAGGAGAAAAUUUCAUUAACUUACACCAACAUGAUCCGCUUCUUUGGCUCAUAAAUUAGUUGCAGCUGGGGAAUAUUCAUAUCAACCAUUUUAACUAUACAAAAAUAAUGUAUAUUGAUAUAGUAUAGUCUCGGUUAUCAAGGUAGUAGAGAGUGGCGUUUAUCACUUGUUAGUGUAACAAGACGUGUCAUGACUCGCAGAGUCUGUACUAAAAUAAUUUUUCUGUUCCUGUGUUUGUGUGUUGUGACAUACGUCUUUAUUAGCCGUAAGAUAUCAUCACCUCGUCAGAAUACGAGAUGGAGUGAAAUAAGCCCGAAUUUCCUCAAAAAUAGUAAGCCGUUUUAUGCCGUUGUGAAUUGGAUCGUCAAACAAACAACCUCUGUUAAUACCUUGGAAACAACUAAGCCUUCAAAUACUUGGUUCCUAAAAACACCGAGGACACUCUCCAAGGAACCCCCAGAAAACGUGAUCGCAGGAGAAAGAAACUCAGAAGUUGUAAGGAAUGAAACGACCAGAAGACGAAGCCUCAAAGCGUUAUAUGGUGAGGGAUGCAAGAAUAACAAAGUACAGAAGGAUUUCCCAACAUUGAUGAGAUACUGGAGCAUUAUCACUACCAGGAGGAAGAUUAAAAAUUAUUUCAUAUGUUUUGGUUCGUUGCUUGGGUCAUGGUUACAUGGUCAGGCCAUACCAUACGAUCACGACCUAGAUAUCUGCAUCUUUAGAAAAGAUUUGCCAAAGUUAGACCCCGAGGAAGCACAAAGACCAUUCAACUACAGUGAUGGCGAUCCCCACCUAAUAAUCCAGAGAUCCACACGCCCGAGUGUUAUUGGGCAGAGAUCUGUUCUUAGAUGUUUUUGUGCUUGCUGAGAAAAGCUUUACUUUGUUUGAUGAGUAUGAACGUAUUACAUACACCCGUGACG